UUAUAUACAUAUUUUUUUUUUUUUACUAGGUGUUAUACAAGCCCCGAUUCGGCAAAGAAAUAUUCGAAUCAUGCCGAAAACAACCACCCCCGAUAAUGUUCAUGGUAUCAUGCAGCAAGGAAAUAUACAGAUCGCACCCCAAAUAUUUGUUCCUGAUAUUCCAGCAGGUUCGUCAUGUGUACGAGAUAUCGAGGUAAACGGUUCACCAGUGAUACCAACCCUAAAUGAUGCCGUGAUAGACUGUCCGGUGGAACCAUCCGUCCGAAAUGAUAAACUAUCAGCAGUACGAGAUAGCGUAUCACCAGUACGAGAUAACAUAAUGUCAACAGUACGAGAUAACGUGAUGGAUGAAUUUUACAACAACGUGGAUGACGAUGGCGAUUACGCUCAAGUUGCAGAUAUCAUCGAAAACCUUGGAUUCUGUAAAAAGGAAGAUUCAUACACUACGCUUGAUAAUGGAAAACGCGUUUCCAGUGCAAACACUAAAUCUGCUGUCAGGGCAAAAAAAUUACGCUUGAAUCUCGUAAAGUCCCCCGGGUUUACACAAAUCUCGACGUCAUCAAACAACACAAUCACUUGGUAUUACGUAAAAAAUACCGGCAAUAUUCAAAACUAUAUUUACUUCCUUGAUUCUAUUAAAUCCGAACUAAUCAAUUUACUAAAAUCAAUUGCGAGUAAAAAUCCGAUCAAGUUUAAUUUAAAGCUUGAGGCGACAUAUAAUAUACCAAAUGUCGAAUAUUCAUCGGAAAACCGUGCUUUUAAAACAUCGGCUAAGGCGGUUUUCUGUGAUACCGGAGUACAGGAAAUUGUUGAAGAGGCAUUCGCUAAAUUAAUGAAAGAGCAAGACGAGUAUACAAGCAAGGGUAGUGGUUUCACAUUACAAUGUAUAGACGGUUUAAUGUUAGGUGUAUAUAAAUAUACACCUAUAGGCGGCUCAUCCUACAUACAACUACCAGAUGCGAUAGAAAAUAAAAAAGCCACGAUUAACCCUCAAAACAUAGACAUGCAAUGCUUCAAAUGGGCAAUCCUAGCAAAACAUGUUACAGGAGAAAAUAAAUGUCGUAUUGGUGAUAAUUAUAUAAAACACGAAAAAAAAUAUAAUUUUACAAAUAUAUCGUUCCCAACACCACUACAUCAGGUUAAAAUUUUUGAAAAAAAUAACCCAAACGUGUCCGUAAAUGUUUACGGUAUCGAUAAGAAAUUUCAACCACCAAAAUUUCCGGAAUAUAAAGUAUUCCCUCUGAAAGUAGUACAUGAAGAAAAACCCGACCAUUUUGAUCUACUUAUAAUAUCAGACGGGGAUAACAGUCACUAUAGCUACAUCUCUAAUUUUUCACGGCUCAUCAGAUCACAAAAAACCAAACACGAUGGACAAACAAUAUUUUGCAAACGGUGCUUCACAACAUUCGACAAACAACAGUACAAAUAUAAAUUAAACGGCGUGGCAGGACUAGAACAACAUAAAUUAAUAUGUGGGGAGCACAAACCCAUACUACCUCAGAUACCUGAACCUGGGUCAAUACUCGAGUUUACUGCAUGGGAUAAAACACAACGUCAUCCUAUAGUAAUUUAUGCAGAUUUCGAAGCAAUUCUCAAGAAAACUGAUGAGAAAAUUGGAGAAAAAACAACAGCUUUUCAAGAACACGAACCCAUGAGUUAUGGGUAUAUGGUUAAAGCAAAUGACGAAAUACCGGUGGAACUGCUUGAAAAAUUCGGAAUUCCAACUUCACCCGUAAUCUACCGUGGAAAUGAAAAUAAUAAGGACGUGGCGAAACAUUUUGUAGAUAGUAUUGUGGACAUAGCUAAAAAAAUUGAAGAAUUACUCAAAACAAACAUUCCUAUAAUUUUCACGGGUGAACAACGAAAAACACACGAAUUAUGUAAUAAUUGUAAUUUAUGUAAGACCAAGUUUUCUCGUGAAAAUCAUAAAGUGGCAGAUCACUGCCAUUUAUCGGGAAAAUUUAGACAAUCGUUAUGCAAUACGUGUAAUCUUAAACUUCAAACACCAAACUUUGUACCGGUAUUUUUUCAUAAUUUAUCGAAUUAUGAUUCACAUUUCAUUGUCACUCGUCUUGGAUAUGAUACAAACUCCAUCUCUGUAAUACCAAACAGCGAAGAAAAGUUUAUUACGUUUUCAAAAUAUAUAAGCAAUUCGUUCACAUUAAGAUUUAUCGAUACACUGAGAUUUAUGACCUCCAGCUUAUCAACACUUUCAAAAAAUUUAAUCACACCUGGAUUUGAAAAGUUUAGAAACAGCGCAAAACAUUUUUCCGCACAGGAUUUACCACUAGUCACCCGUAAGGGUGUAUACCCGUAUGACUAUACAGAUGAUUGGGAUAAGCUCGAAGAAACCAGUUUACCAGCAGAAAAAGAUUUUUACAGUUCAUUGGAAGAAUCACAUAUAAAACAUGAGGAUUUUGAACAUGCAAAUACAGUUUGGAACCAUUUCAGCUGUCAAACACUCGGGGAAUACUCUGAUCUUUAUUUAAAAAUCGAUGUGCUACUGUUGACUGAUGUGUUUGAAAAUUUCCGAGACCUCUGUUUAACCACCUACCAUCUGGAUCCAUCAUUUUACUACACGGCGCCAGGAUUUAGUUUUGACUGCAUGUUGAAAUACACGGGCCAACAACUCGAAUUACUUCAUGAUUAUGACAUGUUGUUAAUGAUUGAAAAAGGAAUUCGCGGUGGGUUGACUCAGGCGAGCAUGAGAUAUGCAAAGGCGAAUAAUGAAAAGACACCAGAUUAUGAUCCAACAAAACCGAAAUCAUGGCUUGUUUAUCAGGAUUGUAACAAUUUGUAUGGUUACGCAAUGUCACAAUUCAUGCCAUACGGUGGAUUUAAGUGGGUCGAACCCACACUAGAUGGGUUAAAUGCUUUAGACGAUAGUUCACCAAUCGGUCGGAUAAAAAACUACGUGAUUCAUUAUCGGAACCUACAGCAGGCCAUUAAAAACGGACUAGUAGUGGAAAAAGUUCACAGAGUUAUACAGUUUAAUCAGUCAGACUGGCUUAAGAAAUAUAUAGAAUUAAACACUGAGAUGCGAAAAAAAGCUAAAAACGACUUCGAAAAGGACUUUUUCAAACUUUUAAACAACGCUGUUUUCGGGAAGACGAUGGAGAAUUUAAGACUUAGAAUUAAAAUGGAGCUUGUUUGUAGUGAAAAACGUCUGCAAAAACUUAUAAACCUUACAACAUUCAAACACUGCAUUACAUACAAUGAAACUCUGAAUGCCAUAUCAUUAGAAAAUAAAAUUAUCAAGUUUUGCAAGCCAAUAUAUAUAGGUUUUGCAGUAUUGGAAAUUUCUAAGACCGUUAUGUAUGAUUAUCAUUACAACGUUAUGCAAGCCCAUUAUGGAAAUAAAAUUGAGCUCAUGUAUACUGAUACAGAUUCACUGGUAUACUAUAUCCAGACCGAUGAUUUUUACAAAGACUUGGAAAAUAAUUCCAAUUUACUCGAUCGAAUGGAUACAUCAGACUUACCACGAGACCAUCCGUGUUACAUUGCCGAACGAAAGAAAAUUCCGGGUCUGUUUUCCGAUGAGACUAAUUCAGAGGUUAUGACAGAUUUUUGUGCACUACGUUCAAAGUCUUAUGCAUAUAAGAUCAAUGGUAAGGAGAAGAUCCGGGCGAAAGGAAUCCGAGGACAUGUAGUGAAAAACCACAUGAACUUCGAGGAUCAUUAUCGCUGUCUGUUUGGGGAUGCAACCUUGGAUACGAAGACAGAAAAUGUCUCUAUCCGUUCAUUCAAACAUCAAUUGAAGACCAUUAAAUCAAACAAAGUCACUUAUAAUAGUUUCGAUGACAAGAGGAUUAUACUCGAGGAUAGAAUACAUACCCUAGCUCACGGACACUACUCCACAGAGGAACCCGAUACACUAGCUGAGCAAGAUGAAUAAAUACAACUUCUAGAGCUGA